ACACGAAGAAGACGCAGUCGCAGAAGGAGAGAGGCUGCGAUGAAAACAAAACGUCGCACACAAAUCACCUGUCAAAUUGUAGCACCUGAAAGAAAUUUGUGCCUCUCUGAAAGCCAGUUUGCCGAAAUUCAAACGCACUUUAUAAUUUAAUUUACUUUAACUAAUUAGAUAGCUCGCUCUAAUUACCGCAAAGAGUUACAGGUAAAGGUACCAAAUAUACUAGCUAGCUAGCGUUAGCUGACAGCUUAGCUUCUGCAGGAAAUUCUGACGUAGCUUGAGUUUAGCAACAACUUCCAAAAGCCAAAACAAUGGCGGACGAUUAUGAAUUCAGCGAUGACGCGACCAUGAUGAGGAUGGAAGAAGAUGGAGAGGCAAACAGUGAUGACCCGAUGUCUGCGGCCGGGGACUCUGGCCCGAUGGGGGGCGAGGCCGAGGGAUCGAGGAUCGACGCCAGUAAAAACGAGGAGGAUGAGGGGAAGAUGUUUGUAGGAGGGCUCAGCUGGGACACCACUAAAAAGGACCUGAAGGAUUAUUUCUCCAAGUAUGGUGAGGUUGUAGACUGCACAUUAAAACUGGACCCCAUGACUGGCCGUUCAAGAGGCUUUGGCUUUGUGCUCUUCAAAGAACCGGAAAGUGUUGACAAGGUCGCCACACAGAAGGAGCAUAAACUCAACGGAAAGGUCAUUGACCCCAAAAAAGCCAAAGCCAUGAAGAGCAAGGAGCCUGUAAAGAAGAUCUUUGUCGGCGGUCUCUCUCCAGACACUCCUGAGGAGAAAGUCAGAGAGUACUUUGGUGCCUUCGGAGAGGUGGAGUCCAUUGAACUUCCCAUGGAGAACAAAACAAACAAAAGGAGAGGCUUCUGCUUCAUCACGUUCAAAGAGGAGGAGCCGGUGAAGGCCAUCAUGGAGAAGAAGUAUCACAAUAUCGGACUAAGCAAGUGUGAAAUAAAAGUGGCAAUGUCCAAGGAGCAGUACCAGCAGCAGCAGUACUGGGGAGGCAGAGGUGGAUACUCCACCAGGUCUCGAGGAAGAGGCGGUGGUCCCAAUCAAAAUUGGAACCAGGGUUAUGGCAACUACUGGAAUCAAGGCUAUGGGAAUUAUGGCAAUUAUGGUUACAGUAAUCAAGGCUAUGGGGGAUAUGGUGGCUAUGACUACCCCGGGUACAACAACUAUUACGGAUACGGUGACUACAACAAUCAAUCUGGUGGAUAUGGCAAGUCGCCACGGCGUGGUGGUCACACCAACAGUUACAAGCCGUAUUAACGGAGGAAACUCAUCUUCAAGUAGCGGAGCUUCCUUGCAGGCCAUGAGCUGACUCCCAGAUACUCUCAGGGCCCGCUCAAUGCGGACCGGGUACGAGAAGCAUACGCUCUCGAAUGCUGCCAUUUGGUAUGGUCUUACAACAUCCUGUAUCAGCAUUUCUAAACUAAACAAUAUGGGACACGUCCAGCUUUGUCAUCUUUCUUUCCAUUUUAAUUUCUUUGCAACUGUUUGUAAUGUAAAACUUAAAAUAUACACAUGUAAUUGUCAUUUUUUCCAGGCCCUUACUCCCCCACAAGUAAUGAUUAUAAAUAUGAAAAAAUAACUAUUUGCUUUUCAAAGGAUACGUACAGCUUUCUCUGGACUUUCCAGUUCCUAUUGUUAAUUUAUAUGCAUUGCUAAUCUUAUCUAAAAUGCUUGUUUCUUUAUUUAGCUCUUGUAGGCAGUAGUCCAUGAGCUAAAACCUGGUUCGUAUUUGGACAAGACUGUGUUGGGGGCAUAAAGUGCUUUUACUUUGUGUAAAUGUAUUGCUCUGUUUUGUGUUACUCACAGCGAUGGAAAAGACUCCUCUUUUGUUAAUUUUCCUGUAACAAAUUUUCCCUUUUAAUAACCUUUUGUAAAACAAGACGUUUCCAGCAUGUAAUGCUUUCUUUAAUGUGUAUUUUUUGACCAAUCGAAGGUUUCUUUCAUUUAGUAUUUUGACGUCUUCGAUUUAUUGCACCUCAGGAUUUCUAGCUUAUGGACUAACUGUUUGUUUUUUAACUGUAAAAGUGUUAAAAUAAUUGUUCUCAGUUUGUUUUUUCUUAUGUUUUUAAAACAUUGGACAUUAUAAACACGGGGGAUUCCUGUUAAUUUUGUGAUAUGACAGUUUUUUAUUCAUCUAUAGCUGAUUUGUUUUUGUUUGUUUCCCAUAGGUGUCAGAGUGAUGACAGGCGGCAGUGAGCUGGUGGAGCGUUGGCCAGACAGAUGAUGGUUCCCAGCAAAGAUCACUAAGCUGAUUGUUAAAACAAAACGAAGAGCACUUUGACCUACAGAACAGUUCCUCCCAUAUUUACCCGAGUAUUUGUUGUAUCUUAAAAACGUUUUGGUGUUUUGCAUUUAUUUAGAUUGCUGCAGAGUUUGAGCAGCUUGCGUUCCUCAUCCCUCCUUGUUUUUGUAUUUAAUGUUCUCAAAUGCUAUUUGUGGAUUUGCUUCAUUUAUUUCAUAACUUAAAUAUUAGCUUGGUUGCAACAGAUCACACAUAUAUCCAGUUUUGUGGUAGUGAAGAAUGCCUGAAAUACGUUGUUGCAGUUUAUCCUCUUUAUCAUAGUCAUCAGUCAUAUAUUACAUAUGUUAUUACAGAGUUUGACAGUCAUAAACACACAGUAUAUACAGUUAAUUGGACAUGAAAUGCGAAAAAAUAAAAAUAAUAAAUGCUCA